AAGAUCAACAGGUCACCGAAGAGGUCAGCUGCGGUGACAUUUCCGGGUUGAAAACUUUUCCACGAAAUGCGGGACAAACAGGAUUUGACGUGUUGAUUUUUACAGUGCCAGGAUUCUUCAUGUACCCCUAGGCUAGGAUCUCACAGAAUUGUGGAGAAGCGAUCGAGCUACAUGCUUGACUGCCAUAAGCUGUGGAACCAUGGGAAUGUGUUUGAGUGGUGACAAGAGUUCGGAACCUCCACCCCCAGAGGAAGAAACAGGAUUCAAAAGUAGCUAUGUAAAAGCACGGGUGAAAGAGCGAUCAGAGGCCAGGGAAAGGGAGGCGUUACUUCGACAACAACAACAGCAAAUGCAGGGUCAGACCACGUCCAGUAGUCAGGGGAGUUACCAAGCAGGUGGCAGCAUCACCAGGCUACAGGCACAGACAAGUGGACUGGCUAGUGAUAUGGCACGAGCUCGGGAGGGUCUUGAUGAGAGAGGGCAGAGGCUGAGGCAAGUUGAGGAUGUUACCAUCAGGAUGGGAGCAGAGUCCAAGAACCUCGGAAAAACCACUAGCAAGCUCAAGUCCAAGUACAACUGAUGAUGACAGAGGAGACCAUUUGUUUUUUACUAAAGUGC